AACCGGAACCGGAUUCAUUCGCCCCGCCCCCCCCCCCACCACCCUAGGCACCACCCCCCUCCCCUCCACCAAUUCUCCUCACGGUGCAGCGUCGACUUCGUAGGCCGAGAUGUCGAGGGAGGAGGGAGCGAGGUCGGGUCGCGCGCACCACAGCGCCGCAGAACGCACGCACGAGCGUCUGGCACGAGCCCCCGAUGCCAUCAAAGCGGCCAUCGAGGCGGGCAACAUCAACAUCUCCAGCGGGGAGUCGAUGCCGGUGGAGGCCGGCGGCGGUCCCGGCGGCGUGACGUCGCGCCAGGCCGAGAUGCUGGCGGAGUUUGAGCGGCGCAAGCGCGCGCGGCUCAUCAACGUGUCCACCGACGACGCCGAGGUGAAGGCGGCGCUGCGCAAGCUGACGGAGCCCGCCUCGCUCUUUGGGGAGGGGCCCGCCGAGCGCAGAGAGAGGCUGCGGAACAUCCUGUCUGUCGUCGGUCAAGAUGCUCUCAAGAAAUCGAAACGAGAGGAGGAGGAGAGAGCUCAGAAGAAGAAACAGGAGCUGCAGGAGACUUGGUACCACGAGGGGCCUGAGACUCUCAAGGAGGCCCGCAUCUGGCUCGCCAAAUACUCGUUACCACGGGCGAUGCAGAGGCUGAAGGAGGCGAGAGCCAAUCGGGAGCUGCCGGAGGCGGCGAGGAACGCAAAGAGGCAGGAGCUCCAUCGGCAGAUUCGGUCGCUCAGUAACUUCUGCAGUCAGAUCGGUGACAGUCGGCCCAUCUCCUUCUGCCAGUUCAGCCCCAACUCCAAGAUGCUGGCCACGGCCUCCUGGAGUGGACUGUGCAAGCUAUGGUCCGUCCCAGACUGCACCCCGAUCCGCACUCUGAGAGGCCACGACCAGAACGUGGGGGCGAUCGUGUGGCACCCGCAAGCCACUCUGAGCCUUGACCCCAAGGACUGCAACAUGGCUUCCUGCAGCGCAGACGGGGCCGUGAAGCUGUGGAACCUAGUGAGCGAUGAGCCCAUCGCCAACAUCGAGGGGCACACGGCGAGGGUGGCGCGGAUCGCUUAUCACCCGUCGGGGCGCUUCCUCGGCACCACGUGCUAUGACCAUUCCUGGAGGCUGUGGGACCUACAGGCUCAGGAGGAGAUCCUGCACCAGGAGGGCCACAGCAGGGAGGUGUACGACAUCGCCUUCCACCCCGACGGGUCGCUCGCAGGGACAAGUGGCCUGGACUCGUUUGCUCGCGUGUGGGACCUGCGAACUGGCCGCUGCAUCAUGUUCAUGGAGGGUCACCUCAAGGAGAUAUUCAGCAUCGACUUCUCUCCCAACGGGUACCACAUCGCGACGGGCAGCGCUGACAACACGUGCAAGAUCUGGGACCUGCGGCGGCGCGCGUGCGUGUACACGGUGCCGGCUCACCACAACCUCGUGUCGCGCGUGCGCUUCCAGCCCACGGGUGGCCACUUCCUGGUGACGGCCGCGUACGACAACACGGCGAAGGUCUGGUCCCACCCCGGCUGGUCCCCGCUCACCACGCUCGCCGGACACGAGGGCCGCAUCAUGGGCCUUGACCUGUCUCCCGACGGGAGCCUCAUCGCCACCUCCUCCUACGACCGCACCUUCAAGCUCUGGAUGGCGGAGUGAGGGGUG